AUGAACCCAAAGAACGAAAGGAGAUUCCCACACACGUUCUCCGGCUUCCAGCAGUCCGCCGACAGGUGCUUUCUUUGUGGACAUCUGAUCAUGGAUAUGAUUCUGCAGGCCCUGGGCAAAUCCUACCACCCGGGCUGUUUCCGCUGUGUCAUCUGCAAUGAGUGUUUGGACGGGGUGCCCUUCACUGUGGACUCAGAGAACAGGAUCUACUGUGUCCGCGAUUACCACAAGGUGUUGGCCCCCAAGUGUGCUGCCUGCGGGCUCCCCAUCCUUCCACCUGAGGGCUCAGAUGAAACCAUCCGUGUUGUGUCCAUGGACGGAGACUACCACGUGGAAUGUUACCACUGCGAGGACUGCGGGCUAGAACUCAAUGAUGAGGAUGGCCACCGCUGCUACCCGCUGGAGGACCACCUCUUCUGUCACUCCUGCCACGUCAAGAGGCUGGAGAACGGGCCCUCGCCAGCCGCCCUUCACCAGCACCACUUCUAG